CCCGCAGGGGAGUGAGCCCCGCCCCCCCCGCAGGUAAAGGUGGAGACGCGGCUCCGCAGCAGAUCGUCGCGGCGGAGACGAAGCAUGUUCGGGGUCCUGCUGCUGCUCGGCGCCGCGGUGCUGGGAGGCUACAUGCUGCUCACACAGACCGUGUUCCGGAGCGCGAGGUGCCGAGGGAACGCGGCCAUGGGCGGGAAGACCGUCGUCAUCACAGGAGGAAACACCGGCAUCGGCAAAGCCACGGCGCUGCACCUGGCCAGGAAGGGAGCCCGGGUCGUCCUGGCCUGCCGCAACCGCACCAAGGCCGACGCCGCCAUCGCCGACAUCCAGCAGGAGACAGGAAGUAGCGACGUCGUCUACAUGCACUUGGACCUAGCCAGUUUCAAGUCCAUCCGCUGCUUCACAGAAACCUUCCUGAAAGCCGAGUCCCGACUGGAUCUGCUCAUCAACAACGCCGGUCUGGUGGCUGACGGACGGACGGAAGACGGCUUCGGCAUCGAGUUCGGCGUGAACCACCUGGGUCACUUCUUGUUGACCCGCCUCCUGCUGGAGCGGCUGAAGGAGGCGGGAGGAGGACGGGUCAUCACGCUGUCGUCCAUGGCUCAUCGCUGGGGACACAUCGACUUCGAGGCGCUAGCGGUGGACAAACACCUCGGCACUGGCGGCUACAGCUGGCAGUUCUGGCAGGCGUACUGCAACAGCAAACUGUGCAACAACCUGUUCACCCAUGAGCUCGCCAAGAGGCUGCGAGGGACCGACGUCACCUGCUACAGCGUCCACCCCGGUGUCGUCCGCACCGAGCUGUCCAGAUACGUCGGCCUGUGGCAGAAGUUAAUCAUCGAGCCCAUCGCUCGACUGCUGUUCCUGGAACCUGAGGCCGGCGCUCAGACCACGCUGCACUGCGCCCUGCAGGAGGGAAUCGAACAUCUGAGUGGAAGUUACUUUUCCUUCUGCGCCGUACAGGAAGUGUGCGCCCGGGCCCGGGAUGACGCUGUGGCCCGGAAACUGUGGGAGGUCAGCGAGAGGCUCUGUGGACUGUCAUGAGGUGGACACUCUCUUGAGGUGGACUCAACAUAAAGGACUUAGAUAGAUUAGUAAGUGUGAAGGUUCUGAGUUAAGAAAUGGUUGGGUGCUCUGGUGCUAAAGUGUGAUGAGUUUGUUAAAAAGUUAAAAAAGGCUCAAAGUGUGUGUGUGUGUGUGUGUGUGUGUGUGUGUGUGUGUGUGUGUGUGUGUGUGUGUGUGUGUGUGUGUGUGUGUGUGUGUGUGUGUGUGUGUGU